GUGUUCUUGUUGGGAUCGUGGUAAGUUGUGAGUAAAUCUUGUAAAUCCUAUUACAUCGCACCUUCUUAAAAGCUUCGGCUUUCCUAAACGAUUUUAAACGUUUGAAGUAACUUUGCAGAUUAUGUAUUUUAACAUUGUUUAUAUGUUAAUUCUGUUGUGACUUUGUUACACGAACGCAUUGGGUAGCUCGAUCCACAUUUCAGUUUUAAUGUCUUAUUUUACUGAUCUUGGGGGAGAAUCGUUGUAACAGUAGAAUUAUUGAUUUUUUAUUCUAUUAAUGCAACAUGGCGAAGCAUAAAGGUGAAAAGAAAAACAAGUCUGCGAUAAAUGAAGUAGUUACUAGGGACUACACAAUAAAUCUUCACAAAAGAUUGCAUGGUGUUGGUUUCAAGAAGAAGGCCCCGAGGGCUAUUAAAGAAAUAAAAAAGUUUGCAAUGAUUCAAAUGGGAACCCCUGAUGUGCGAAUCGACUCCCACUUGAACAAACAAGUGUGGUCAAGAGGAAUCAGGAAUGUUCCCUUCAGAAUGCGCGUGAGGCUUUCCCGACGCAGAAAUGAUGACGAAGAUUCUCCAAACAAGCUGUACACUUUGGUGACAUACGUUCCGGUCGACACCUUCAAAGGAAAGCAGACAGAAAAUGUUGAUGUCAGUCAGGAGUGAUGUAAUACAUGAAAAUCAAUAAAUCAUUGUUAAACUUUUUUAGUGUU